AUGGAAAUAUUUCGACACUUGGGCCUCGCAGAUGAGUGUCGCGCAAGAGGGGUAUGUAAAGAGGAGCCUUUCACAGUCCGCUUUUCAAGCGGACUAGCAGCGGACAAGACGAUCACGCAAUGGGAUCUUCCAAGUGUGGAAGAAUUCCAGAGGCGAAUCAUCUCACAAAACGACGGGAAGAUGCCACGCGAUGCCUGGCAGCGGAUUCCAAGUAACAUCAUGGAACCAUGGCUGCGGGAAAAAUGUGAGAACAGCCCGUUCGUAGACGCGCGCUACGGGUGGAAAGUCGAAGAUGUUCUUGAGAGCGAAGACUCGGUUGCGGUUUCUGUCAAACAUGAGGAGUCGUCAACUUUGACAAAGAUGAUGUGCUCGUAUAUUGUUGGAUGCGAUGGAGCUUGGAGCUCAGUACGAAAGAGUCUUGGAGUGGAGAUGGAAGGAGGCCCAAUGCACCGAGCUGUCGCCCUCACUCACUUCAAAUCGAAAGAUUUGGCGAAACUUCAUAGUCAGGGUCCUUUCUGGCAUACGUUUUUCCCAACCAAUCCAAUCGCACAUAACGGCUCUGUUGGUGGAGCCAUCAUAGCACAGGAUGGGAAGGAAACGUGGACGGUACAUGAUUAUCUCGGAUCCGACUAUAACCCCGAUGAUGUCAAGGCCGAGAAAACCGUCGCUCGGGUCCUGGGCGGUAUGGGAGCGCCGUAUCCCAUCACAAUUGACGAAGUAACCGCAACGUCCAUCUUCACUCCGACGGUCAGCCUAGCAAACGAAUGGAGUGGGAAGCACCAGCGUGCUUUUCUUGCAGGCGACGCUUGUCAUCAAACGAUCCCUUCCGGCGGCUACGGGAUGAAUUUGGGACUGGCAGACGCAUGGGAUCUUGGAUGGAAGCUUGCGGCAACACUGCAAGGUUGGGGCGGACCUGAGCUGUUGGCUUCGUACGAGACUGAGCGACGCCCCGUUGCAGCAUUGAUGCAAAAGUGGAGCAAGAUCCAUAUGAUGAAGCUUCUUGGUCUCUCAACUGCUGUGGAGCUCGAUGCAGAAUUGAUCAACAGUCUGGAUGAGCGUGGCGCCAGCUUACGAAGCCGCAUCGACAAAUACAUCCAGGACAACGAUGACCACAACCAAAGUUUUGGCGUGGAGAUGGGUUACCAAUACGAGUCGAAUGUAUUGAUUGUGGACGAAGGGUCCCAGACGGCUCCCGCAUUCGAUUCGCGGAAUUACACCCCCACGACAUUUCCUGGAUACAGAGUACCUCACGUAUUCCUCUCGGAUGGCACCGCAAUAUUCGAUCACUUUGGAAUUGGUUUCACGCUGAUCGUCUUCUCGGAAAAGUCACAAUCUCCUCGCGAGAUUAUCGACUUUGAGAAUGCAGCAAAGCAACAGAAUGUCCCACUAGAGAUUGUCGUUCUUGUAGGUGAAGAGCACGCGCGAAGGAUUUGGGACGCAUGUCUCGUACUGGUACGUCYAGAUGGUGUUUCGGCAUGGCAAUCGAAAACAUUCGACCGGAGUUUCAAUGCCUGCCAGAUCCUGCAGCAAGCAAUAGGGUACAAGGGCCGGUGA